UAAUAAAGACAGUGUCAACCUAAGUUGUUCCAAGUAAUAUCUUCAUAAAUCGCAAUCCUACCUCCGACUUCGCUAUUUUGCAAGCUAAACCAACGGUGAAAUGGCAUCGACUGAUCUUCCCACCACAAAGAGUUCACUCCUCGCGAUCCCCUUGGAGAUACGCCGACACAUAUACGGGUUUUGUAUACCACAGAACCUAACAUUUGAUUGUUCCGAUGACAUGUACUACCAGAACCGGCCCGUCGGCUGGAUCGAACCACUGCGGCACGUCAACGAGAGCUAUGACAGAUAUGCUAGCGACGACGAGAACUUCUUCGAUGGGAUCGAGUAUCUCCACAGCAAUUGGAAAGGCAAGGGGAAACUAUCGCCCCUGGAAGAGAUAGAAGAGAUCUGUACCGAGGACUCUCUAGUAGGGAAAGGCAGCUCUGAUGAUCGAAGCAUAGAAGAUGACCUCGGGCUUUAUGGGCUUGAAAGCCUGCAGUUCCCUCCCUCAUCAUCGCAUAUGAGCUCGCUACCCGCUCUUCUUCUGCUCUGUCGCCAGAUAAAUGAAGAGGUUGAAACAAUGUUGUAUGAGGGGAACACAUUCACCGUCGACAUUCAUUGCCAAAGCCAAUACUAUCUCGAGAGGCAAUUCACGAAGAGGAAUCGAGAGAGAAUGCGGAAUAUUAUCUUGGUCAUACGGCCGAUAGGUGUCCCCUACCAGCCUGAAUCUCUCAUGGAUCCCGACAUAUGGGACACCGUCCUCGGUAACCUCAUCUCCCUCGGCGUCGUCAUUGAACAGCCCGAACCGCCCCUUCUGGAGUGGCUCGAGGACAGCGAAAAAGAAACCACGGGAAACUUCCUGACUUUCCUUCGUGACAGGAAGAGAGAGGCAGUGGGCCAGUGGAUGACUUGGCUCCUGCCUAUCUUCGAGUACCUUGUCCGGGCCGUACCAAAGCAGACCGAGAUCGUCGUGGACGUCACUGAGGAGGAAGAUACGGUGCAAGCUUUGGAUUUCUUCCAGAAAGGCCCUUUCCGGUUCCAGAGAUUACCUGGUGCAGACUCCGUCUCUAACAAGGUAGAGUUUGCAUGGGAGUCGGGAUCUAGGGAAUCGUUUUACCAGGAUGUUAUUGAUGAAGGCCCGACUAGUUGCAAGGACAUCAUCAACGACAGCGACUAUGAAUAUUACUAUUCUGAUUAGGACUAAAGUGGCUUAAGACAUACUGAGAGAAUAGGGUAGUCAGUUAUUGGGGUCUUGUUCAGCACUUUUGCUGAUGACAAAAUCGGAUGUCUCGAUAGAAUGUUAAUCUAAAAUGCAUGAUAUUUUUUGUAUACCAUCUUACUAAUGGAUAACCUUGACAGGUAGGCAAACAGCGUGACCAUCUAAACUAUGC